AUGUCCCAUCUCACUGGCCAUGACAUGGUUGGAGGGAUGACCAAGAAUGUCACUGGAGAAACUCUCUCGCCCGGCAUCCCCCAUGAGAAGCUCAUGGCUGAUGUGAAAGUUUAUGCCACCGAGUAUGGUUUCCGAGACAUCCUUCCAAUUCUGAAGAAAGGUGCUCUGGUAGCUCAGAACCCGUCUGCCAUCGAACUCAUUCCUGAACUGAGUGAUGAUGAUCGUCGCAUCCUAACCGAAGAAACCACUCGACGUUGGAAGCACCCCUUUGCGUUGUACUACACUAUCGUCUUGAAUUCGAUUCCAGCGGCUAUCCAGGGCUGGGAUCAGACUGGCAAAUGCUCCAUCCAUUAA